CAUUUUUCAAAGAUAAAAUCUUCCACGUCUCUAUCUCUGAAUAUUUACUCAGAUUCAAAUGCAUGCUUGAAUCUCGGACUGUCUCUCUCUCUUCUCCACGCGCGUCUGACGAUAAAAAAUACUCGUCUCACAGAAAGACUCUCUCUCAUGGCGUCUCUCAGCAAUACCGGCCAGAUUAACGGCAGAAGCUUGACCCUGCAGUUCCCGAAGCUUCCAGCCUCGAAUCGUCGCAGCUGUCGGAUCGGUUUUAGGGUUUUUGCUGCUACCGAUGCGAAAUCCGAGCCGGAUCUGAGCGUGAAGGUGAAUGGAUUGGAGAUGCCGAAUCCUUUCGUGAUCGGCUCGGGCCCACCGGGGACGAAUUACACGGUCAUGAAGCGGGCCUUUGACGAAGGGUGGGGCGCCGUUAUCGCGAAAACGGUAUCAUUGGAUGCUGCUAAAGUUGUGAAUGUAACUCCUCGAUAUGCUCGGCUCCGAGCUGAAUCAAAUGGCUCGGCUAAGGGACAAAUUAUUGGGUGGGAGAAUAUCGAGCUCAUCAGUGACCGGCCCCUUGAAACUAUGUUGAAAGAGUUCAAGCAAUUAAAAGAAGAGUAUCCAGAUAGGAUAUUAAUUGCAUCGAUUAUGGAGGAAUAUAACAAAGCUGCCUGGGAAGAACUCAUUGAGCGUGUAGAGGAAACUGGAGUAGAUGCAUUUGAAAUCAAUUUCUCAUGUCCUCAUGGCAUGCCAGAGCGUAAAAUGGGAGCUGCAGUUGGGCAAGACUGUGCAUUGUUGGAGGAGGUAUGUGGAUGGAUCAAUGCGAAAGCCACUAUUCCCGUAUGGGCAAAGAUGACUCCAAAUGUCACUGACAUUACCCAGCCAGCGAGGGUGGCAUUGAAAUCAGGAUGCGAAGGGGUUUCUGCUAUUAACACAAUCAUGAGCGUGAUGGGAAUUGAUCUCAAAACAUUGCGCCCUGAACCUUGUGUCGAGGGUUAUUCAACUCCUGGUGGCUAUUCUUCCAAGGCCGUCCAUCCUAUUGCACUUGCAAAAGUGAUGAAUAUCGCACAAAUGAUGAAGUCUGAAUUCAAUAUGGAUGAAUAUUCGCUUUCUGGUAUUGGAGGAGUUGAAACAGGAGGUGAUGCAGCUGAAUUCAUUCUUCUCGGAGCCAAUACUGUUCAGGUAUGCACGGGCGUGAUGAUGCAUGGCUAUGGUGUUGUGAAGAAACUCUGCGAAGAGCUGAAGGAUUUCAUGAGAAAGCAUAACUUCUCUUCAAUUGAAGAUUUCAGAGGGUAUACACUUCAGUACUUCACCACCCACACAGAUUUGGUGCAAAGACAGCAAGAAGCAAUCCGGCAGAGGAAAGCCAUCAAAAAAGGUUUGGCGUCGGACAAGGAUUGGACGGGAGAUGGAUUCGUAAAAGAGACUGAAAGCAUGGUUUCUAACUAAGGCAUGCCCCCAAAUAGUCAGGAAAAGGUAAUGAUGAUGACUACGCCGCUGUUGAUGACAAGCAAUUCCCUCCACUUGCUUAAUAAAACCUUGUGUUACUAUCUUCCUCCUGUUGUGGCUCUUCUUUUUCUUUUCUUUUUUCCUUCUGUUGAUUGUGAGAUCCCUUUAGAAGUGAACAGAAAAUUAAAAGAAUGGUGUACAAUACAAUUCAGUUCUCCCUGCCGCUUGUUCUCUUUCCCUUUCUCGUUACCGUCUGUCCACCAUUUAAUGUGUCGGCAGUUGAUCAGAUGAUGCCUGUCGGAUUGGUGGACCUUUUCGCAUUUGAUGCUGACCUUUGUUGUCACACCAUUUGAAUGGAUAAGAUUAUUCUGUUGA